UGUAGAGCAUGGGUGUCAAAUUGGCGACCCUCCAGCUGUUGCCAAACUACAAGUCCCAUGAGGCAUUGCAAGAUUGACAGUUACAAGCAUGACUCCCAAAGGCAGAGGCAAGAUGGGACUUGUAGAUUCGCAACAGCUGGAUGGCCACCAGUUUGACACCCCUGCUGUAGAGUCUUGGGUGUCAAACUGGUGGCCCUCCAGCUGUUGCAAAAUUACAAGUCCCAUCAUGCCUCUGCCUUUGGGAAUCAUGCUUGUAUCUUUCAAUCUUGCAAUGCCUCAUGUGACUUGCAGUUUGGCAACAGCUGGAGGGCCGCCAGUUUGACGCCCGUGUCU